CUGCCUGCAGAGAGCGCGACCAAUAAGUGGAAAAUCGACAAAGUUGAUCUCAAAAAGACUUUGGUUUCAGAUCGAAGCGGAGCGAUUGCAUUGGAUGAACUGGAGACAGCGAUCCGGAAUCUGGGCUUGGAACAGACGCGUGAUGAACUAGACAAGAUUAUUGAUGAGGUAGACCAGCGAGGUAAUCAUCAAAUCGAUUUCGACGAAUUUUGUGUGGUGAUGAGACGAUUGUAUAUGAAGAAACGCAGUUGGAAUGAAGUCGUCAAAGAAUGCUUCAGCGUUUUUGAUCGGUCGGAAUCUAGCGUUAUCUCGAAGAAAGACUUCCAGUACAUACUUCGCGAACUGGGCGAUAUUACUGACAAUCAGAUUAUUGACGAGAUAUUUCUAGAGGUGAGAUGA